CAGUUAAAUUAAAUUAAAAAAAAAUGGUGGUAGAAACAGAAAUGGUGUAGUGAUUUUACGAUCAUAGUAGGAGCAGCACCGAACUAUAAUUGAUUGCGCAAUUGAAAACUCAGCACGCAACAGUUCAUUGAAGAGAGAGAGAGUGGGAAUUGCGUUUGUGGGAAUCGGCGAGGAAAAUGCAGGGAUGGUUCUCGGCGUCGGGGGAGGAGGAGGCGAAGCCGUCGUCGUCGCUGCUGGCCGAUUGGAACUCCUACGCUUCGGCCCAAUCCUCUCAGGACAACGCCCUCUCCUUCGAUCUCGAAUCCGCCGUUAGGUCUGCCAACGACACCGUUUCCGGCACUUUCAGCGUGGUUUCUAAAGGUGUGAGAGAUCUACCUGGCAACUUCCAGUCUGCCACUAGUAAUGUGCCUUCUGGCAAAGCGCUUGUGUAUUUUGGUUUGCUUCUGGCAAGUGGAGUCUUCUUUGUUUUCAUAUCAUUUACAUUAUUCCUGCCUGUCAUGGUGGUUAUGCCCCAAAAGUUUGCUAUAUGCUUCACACUUGGGUGUGCGUUUAUUAUUGGAUCAUUCUUUGCUCUCAAGGGUCCAAAGAGUCAGCUUACUCACAUGUUAUCAAUGGAGAGGCUCCCUUUCACAUUGGGUUUUCUAGGCAGUAUGGUUGGUACCAUAUAUGUAUCAAUGGUGCUUCACAGCUACAUUCUCUCAGUGGUAUUCUCUGUGGUUCAGGUUCUCUCGCUUGGCUAUUAUUCUAUAUCAUACUUUCCUGGGGGAUCUGCUGGAAUGAAGUUUCUGACUUCUGCUCUUACCUCUUCAUUAAUGAAAUGUUUUGGGCGAUGACCUAUUGUUUGUUGAUAGUUGAGUUGCGUUCAGAUAUGUGUCUAUAGUAGUUGACUUGUAAAAUUGCCCCCUAAGAUCUAUCAGCUGAAGCUUCAAAGUGACCUAAGGAUAUUACUGACUUGAAGCAUUAUCUAACAUGUUCUUAGGGUUCAACGUUUAAUGCCACUUGCUACAUCUGAUGAAAAAAAUUGAUUUGCCUCUUCGCCUCAUGUUUGUAAAAGAAAAUUACCAUUGUCUGGUUGAUGAAGUUAAUUGUUGAUACCUUCGUGUUGCCUGACUUCUACAAAGAGAAUUUGAAAUAUUUUUUGUUUGAGAAUUUCAUUUUUCA